AUGUCACAGAUAUUGAUCACCCACGCACUCAGAUCCAUCUCUCCUCGUGCACUUCCUUUCCCUUGCGCUACUUUCCCUGGAUCCACGCCACGUGUUGACAACACCACUGGGGACCCUGUCGCUGUCAGCAACUAUGUCCCCAACUACAUUGCCAAACGCAUUAAUGACUUUAUUCCCCCCUCCCAAGUCAAUUUCAUCAAGUUCAGCGCCCUCUCGCUACCUUCAGCAUCCUCUCGCUACCUCUCUGACUCAGGGAUUGGUGCUCAAUCUCACGCUGCUGCUCACCGCCAUCUCACUCUGCUGCUCGCUGCCAUCUCACUCUGCUGCUCGCUGCCAUCUCCCGCUGCUGCUCGCCGCCAUCCUCGUCAACUCUAA